AAUCGGUGUUUUGGGUUUGUGUGUGCGCGCGCGGUAAACAAAGAAACCAACCGUGCCAGUGCCAAAAUCGUUGACGCCACUUUGAAUUUCGAUCCGUGGGCAGAGCUCACGAGGUGCCGUUGAGCGUCGUUCAACGCCAGUUGCCAAUUAGUCGCCUACCGGUGCAAGCGCAUACGUAAAAGCUGUGACACAGUGAAGCUUCCGCUGGAAUAAUUUAGCUUAGCUGAUAUUGCAUGUCAUGGCGACUCGAAGAUAAUAUUCCAAAACACGACGCAUACAAAUAUUUGAACAUAGCAACAACACGAAGACGCAACGUUGAUUGUUGCACGCCGAGCAUUGUGAAAAUAAAAAUUGACUUCCGAAAAUAAAAAACAAACAAACGUAGCAUAUAAUCUCUAUACACGUCGAGCUAAACCACACAUACAAACGCUUUACACCGCCCUUCUUCAAAUACGCCCACCAUCUACUCUAUACACUCGAAAUAACGCGUCGUUCGGUGGCUGACCUACGUGCGCGUGCACCCAAACAACCACUGCACAAACACACAAACUGCAAUUACAAAAAAAAUAAACUAUAACAACAAAAACAACAAAGCAACAGCCGCAAUCGACCGCAUCCAACGAUUCGUGCAGCAGCGACUGACAUCAUCCGCCGCAUCGUACUCAUCGUCCUUAACGUCGUCUCAAGAUGACCACAGAUUUGUUGUUUCCGAAAAUUUCGGAUUGCUCAUACGUCUCGUGUUACUGCGAGGAGAAUGUGUGGAAAUUAUCCGAGCAAGUGAAGAAAACACGCAUCGAUGAACUUUCAAAGUGUUACGCGGUGUUCGUGUCGAAUGAGGGACGUACUGUGCCGUUGUGGCGCCAAAAAGCAGGACGUGGCGAUGAUCAGGUCGUGAUAUGGGAUUACCACGUCUUCUUCAUGCACAAUCCAUCGCCUAAUCGGUGCUUGGUGUUUGACUUGGAUACGACGCUACCUUUUCCCACGUACUUUCACAAGUAUGUUACGGAAACAUUUCGCUCGGAUCUGGCGCUGAGGCCAGAACACCAUAGAUACUUCAGAGUUAUACCCGCAGAAACAUAUCUAAGUGAAUUCUCGUCGGACCGUCGACACAUGCGAAGGCCAGAUGGCAGUUGGAUAAAGCCACCGCCCUCAUACCCGCCCAUACAGUCAAGCAGCAAUGCGCAUAGCUUGGGCGAUUUUAUCUGCAUGAAUGCGAGCAAAGGCCCCGGUACCGUUUACAGCCUCUCAGAAUUUGUGCAAACCUUCUACAAGGCGCCGAAUGUGGUGGCGCAACAGAAUAACAAAUAAUACCAACAGUGCUGAGCAACUAUCAAUUGAAGUGCCGGUCAAGUGUAACGAGCAGACAGCGAAUGGCGCCACAACGCCACAUGUGGACCGGCGAAGUGAUAAACGAAAGUGUUGCAACAGCACCAGCUGUAAACGCUUAC